CCUUCAAAUUUCUCCAUCCUUAUCUCUUUAAUCUUCUUUCUUAUCGCAUGCAACUGUUUUCCUUUUUCUUUUUUCACAUUUUUCUUCUUGGGUGGUUUUCUUUGUUUUCUGGGAAAUAGCAAAGAAUUGUUCAUUGAUGGAAGGGGGUGAAGGUACCAGCGUCAACAGUCAUCAUCAACUGACCUGGGGGAAUUUAUUACGUCAAGUCAUGGACCUUCUGGCACCAUGCUGGGCAUACAACAAGUUAAUCUUUUCCUAUUGCUUACCUGAUACCGUAACACUAGUCACUGGCACCGUCAUUUGUCCCAUAUAUGGUAACAAAGUUAAGCUUUGCUUGCAAGAAAACACGAAAAGCGUUCCCUUGGUCCUCGUCGAACUUCCCCUUAGCACACGAGGAUUCACCAGUUCGAUCCAGUACGGUGUUCUUCGCGUAGUCCUGGAGCCUGUCCAUGGUCCAGGCAGUUCACAGGGCUGGGUGACGUAUUGCAAUGGACAGAAGGUAGGGUUUGCCAGAAAGUUGGAAAUGGGAGAGGAGAAAUCGGUGCUUGAUAUGAUGCCGAUGGUUUCGGCUGGAGCUGGGAUAAUGCUGCACAGAGGUACAGAGACAGGUGGGUACAAAUACUUGAGAGGCCAGUUUGAGCGAGUAGUUGGUUCUGAUGAUACAGAGUCAUACCAUUUGACAGAUCCUUCGAAUUGUUUUGGACAAGAGUUCAGUAUAUUCUUUCUUGGUAAUUAGCAACUCAUUCUUCUGUUUCUUUUAGCAGCAUUAUUUGAUUUGUUCAAAGUAUAACAUGCAAACACUAGUAUUGGUUUGUG